CCAUGGCUGAUGGCUCCAUCCAUCCACUGUAGAAAGAAGCGCACUCAUUCAUUUUUUAUACUUGCAGAUGGACAUCUCCGAACUUUCCUUGGUUGACUUGUGAAUGUUCGCCCCAUCUUCCGUUUGUAGAUUGUCAAAUGAACCAAGAAAGCUUACCCACCCACCCCAUCCACAAAUACUAGUACAGAGCUCAUCGCCGGUCCAACCACACACAGCAGCCAUGGCGGAGGGCGAGGGCCUCUUGGCUGAUCCCGAGCCCUUCUCGCCGUCCGUCUUCCUCGACCUGCCUCCGACGCCCCGCCCCGAUGGAACCGAGGACCCGGUCUCCUCCGACGACCUCAUCCUCCCUUUCAUCUCGCGGAUGCUCAUGGAGGAGGACAUCGGCGACCAGUUCUUCUACCAGUACCCCGAGCACCCAGCGCUACUCCAAGCUCAGCAGCCCUUCGCUGACAUCCUCUCCGACGCCGCCACCAACAGCACCUCCUCUGGCUCCACCGCGACCCUCUCGCCAUCGUCCCCUGACGACCCGAUCCAGCUUCCGCAUCUCCUCCAGCCCGCGCCGCAUGCCACCGCGGGGCUGGAGCAGCACGACGGCGUGCAGAGUUGGGCCUUGUUGGAUGAUGCCGAUGAGGAGGGGCGGAGGAAGAAGAGCAGCGACGGUGACCAAGACCAAACCGUGCUGGCCUCGGCUUUCUUCAGCGGCAACAACAAGGACAUUCUGAACCAGGCGUUCCUCAAGGGCAAGGAGGAGGCCAACAAGUUGUUGCCCACCAACAGCGCCCUUCUCGUCGACCAAGUGAAGGAGACCAAUGGCGGCGGCCGCAAGAAGACGCAUAACUGGGAUGACUAUGAUGACUUGGAGGCCGAGACGUGCAGGAAGAGCAAGCUGAUGGUGCCCGAGCCCGAGGAAACCGGCGAGGUUGUCGAUGAAAUGAUCGUCAACGCAUAUGACUUGUGCCUCAAAGAAAUGGAGUCCCUGCGUAUCACCAUGGGCAGCAGCGAGGACACCAAGAAGAAGAAGGAGAAGAAGAAGAAGGGCAUGAAGGGCAAAGGGAAGGGAAGCCGGAGCAGAAACGAGGCGGUGGACCUGAGCACCUUGCUCAUCCACUGCGCACAGGCCGUGGCCACGGACAACCGCCGGGGCGCCGCCGAGCUGCUCCGGCAGAUCAGGCAGCACUCCUCGCCGAGGGGAGACGCCACGCAGAGGCUGGCGCAUGUUUUCGCGGAGGGGCUGGAGGCGCGGCUGGCAGGGUCAGGGAGCCAGCUGUACGCGUCGACAGUGGCGGAGCGCGUCCCGGUCACGGAGUACCUCAAGGCCUGCUGGCUGUACCUGGCAGCCUGCUGCUUCGAGAUGGUGGCAUUCAAGUUCUCCAUCGCGGCCAUCUGCAACGCCGCCGCGGGGAGGAAGAAGCUGCACAUUGUGGAUUACGGCGUGAGCUACGGCUUCCAGUGGCCAACUCUGCUGCGCUGUUUGGCGAACCGGGAGGGCGGGCCGCCGGAGGUGAGGAUCACCGGCAUCGACCUCCCCCAGCCCGGCUUCCGCCCAGCCGCUCAGAUCGAGGCGACCGGGCGCCGCCUCAGCAACUGCGCUCGUCAGUUUGGAGUGGCAUUCAAGUUCCGUGGCAUCGCAGCCAAGUGGGAGACCAUCGGUGCGGACGAUCUCGACAUCGACCGCGAUGAGGUGCUCAUCGUCAACAGUGUCCGCUUUCAGAAUUUGAUGGACGAGGGGGCCGACAUCGACAGCCCGAGCCCCAGGGACAUCGUCCUCGGCAACAUCCGGAAGAUGCGGCCGGACAUGUUCAUCCUCUUCACGACGAACGUCUUGUCCGGCGCCUCCUUCUUUCUGACACGGUUCCGCGAGGCACUGUUCUACUACUCUGCCAUGUUUGACAUGCUGGACGCCACAGCCCCGCGGGACAGCCACCAGCGCCUCCUGGUUGAGCGGGGCCUCUUCAGGCCGUGUGCCCUCAACGCCGUCGCCUGCGAGGGCUCCGACAGGGUGGAGCGCCCCGAGACGUACAAGCAGUGGCAGGCGAGGAGCCAGAGAGCUGGGCUGAAGCAGCUGCCGUUGGAUCCGGACAUUGUCAGGGACGUGAGGGAGAUGGUCAGGGAGCAGUACCACAAGGAUUUCGCCAUUGAUGUGGAUCACCACUGGCUCCUGGAGGGGUGGAAGGGGCGCGUACUCUAUGCCAUGUCCACAUGGGUUGCAGAUGAUGCUAUGUAAUCUCAGAACAUUAUUAGAGAGGCUCUCAGCUUUUCUCCACUGGUUUCUACUUUUACAGAGAUAAUGGUUUCUGUUUACAAAUCUAACUUCAUGUAUGCAGCAUGAUGCUGUCGUUCAGCACGAGAUGAAACUUAUAAGUAGUACUGACAUGACAGCAUAAUGUCUUGCAAUGUAAAGUAGAUCGUUAUGCUUUAGGUGUCCUUGCUGCUGCUUAUAGCUGCAUAGGGUCGUAGAUAUGGUUCUCUGCUUGUUGGGGCAGAGCUUGUGUAAAUGUGCAACAAACUCAAGUCCUGUUUUUUUUUUUAUUUUAGCAUAUGACUGUAUUAUUAUGUAGCUUUGCAAAACUGAA